AUGAGAGAAAAAAAUAACAUUAAGAUUAUCAACGCUAUGCAUGAAAUGAAUCAAAUGUUUACUCGAAAUUUACUACUCAGUGUAAGCACUGUUCUGCUACUGACAUGUUUCGACUUAAGCCGUAUAUAUAUGAAUCAAACACAAACGAAGACUACAUCUACAUCAAUCAAUGAUGACUUGUCGGAAGCUCAAUCUGAGGAGAUGUCAUCAGUUCCACCGCCAAAGAUGAAAAUGCAACUAGGACCCAUUAUUAAAUUUCGUUAUUGUCAAGGGUGUGGUUAUCAAAAUCUUUUCAAACAAUUCUCUGAAUUAGUUCGUACACAUUAUCCGAACAUGGCCGUCGUUGGAGAAAACUAUCCGCCGCAACCUUUGAAAGCUUUUCUUGCUCGACUUGUAUCAAUGAUUAAAAUGGCUCUACUAGUUUGUCUUCUAUUUGGUCAAAAUCCAUUUACUCUUCUUCGUAUUCCAACACCGAGGGUUUAUUCUUGGGCAUUGCAGAACAAAAUGUAUGCAUGUUUGAUGAUCUUCUUUCUUUCAAACUCAAUCGAAUCCUACUUGAUCGCCACGGGCGCAUUCGAAAUUACAGUCGAUGAUGUGCCAUUAUGGUCAAAAAUCGAUACGGGUCGUAUUCCUUCAUCGAACGAAUUCGUUCAAAUGUUACAAACAUUCAAUCCAAAUAAAGAUAUGAAUGAUUUCACACGUCUACAUAGUUAA